AAAGAGCGGAAAGUCGGGGAAACUCCUGUCAAAAAUUAAUCCCGUUUAGUGAUAAAUAUUCGUUUUGUAAUGUCAUUUUUUACAUUUUACACAAAUUAACGUACAAUAUAAUCAACGUGUUUGGAAUUUAUCAAGAAAAUUGUAAAAAAUUCUAAAGAAACAAUUAUAUUUACAAUUUAAUUAAGAUGUCUGGAUCAUUGAAACCAUAUUUAACAGCCGUAAGGAGAACAUUGACAGCAGCAAUGUGCGUGGAAAAUUUUUCAUCUCAAAUUGUCGAAAAGCACAAUAAACCAGAAGUGGAAGUAAGAGCAAGCAAGGAACUUCUCUUAACUCCAAUUCUCAUCAGCAGAAAUAACAAGGAAAAGAUUUUAAUCGAAUCAAGUAUAAAUAGCAUGAGAAUUAGCAUUGCUGUUAAACAAGCUGAUGAUUUGGAAAAAAUUCUCUGUCACAAAUUCACUAGAUUUAUGAUGAUGAGAGCUGAAAAUUUUAUGAUUCUACGUAGAAAACCCGUAGAGGGUUAUGAUAUUAGUUUCUUGAUUACGAAUAUUCACACUGAACAAAUGUAUAAACAUAAAAUUGUCGAUUUUGUAAUUCACUUUAUGGAGGAAAUUGAUCGAGAAAUUAGUGAAAUGAAACUUUCCAUGAACGCAAGAGCUCGUACGUGUGCAGAAGAAUUUUUAAAGAAGUUCUAGUCGAAGGAGGAGUAACGAAAAUGUAAUAUGAGUCAUUAAUCAAUCAAGGAAAACGAAUAUCCCGUCGAAUAUUUUGUUCUCAUCUCAUUUUUUUUGCUACGUAUUAUUGAUAACAAAUAUGCUCUAAGCACAAAGGCUAUUUAUAAGUAAGUUUUUUUUUUACGUUGGUGCAAUUAUAAAAAUUAAUUAUAAAUACUAGUUUUAAUGUCCGUUUUUCUAUAUGACGAAAAAAAAACAAACACUUUUUUUGAAGAGUGAGAGAAAAAAAAGUACUACUAUAUUUACAGAAAGUGUAGCUAAUUUUACUAUUUUAAAAUUAAUAUUCACCUUUUGAAAUUUUGCACAGAGAACAAUAUUUUUCUUUGAUUUUACAGAAAUGUAGAAUUUCUGUUACUGAUUUUUUUUUCUUUUUAUAAAUAAGAUCAUUUCUAUUCAAAUUUACAUGGAUAAAACAGGGAUUUAGCGAUUUUAACACAGUAUUAAUGAAUACAAAAAAUAUUUCGACUAAGGAUUAUAAUGCCUGCACGUUACUUCUUUCAAACAUUACUUUUUUUCCCAACGAAUUGAGAGUUUCGAAUUUUUGUAUAAAAACAAAAACAAAAAAAAAUGUCGAAAAAAAUUUUCUUGCAGAAAAAAGAGUUAUAAAAAAAAGCGGUAGAAAAUAAAGUAUUGAAUUUCGCCUGUUGAAUGCUAUAAAGGAGUAAUUGAAAAAAAAAUAAUUGUAAUUAUGAAAGAUAAAUGAAAGUUGAUGUGAGCGAAUUGUGAAUGGGGAUAAAUGAAAAAUGUAGUUUUCAUUAAUACAAUUGCUCAAUUAUAUUUGCAAUUGCUGAUAAAUUUAGCUUACUCAAUAUGCCGAUUUGUAUAAAAAUUUUUUUUUUUUUUUUGAUUUUAAUGUCAAAGAGGUCACAAAACAUCGUUGAAAUUCAAAUUCAAGAUAGAUGUCAUCAUAUUAACUGCCAAAACUAAUGAAAAAAAAAAAAAUCAUUUAUAUUAUAAAAUUUAGAAUUAGUAAAUUAAUUAAAUAUAGUUAAUUAAUUAUACUGAAACUAAGAUAUUGGUUAAGGUUCGCAGUCACAGUUUUAAAAUUGUUACUGCUAAAUUUUAAAUCUCUACAUCUAUAUCAACGUCUUAUAUUUAUAAUAAAUUUCGAAUUAGCAAUGA